AACAUGCCCAAUAAAUUGGCAAAGGUGUGGGCAUAUUGGGGCAGUGAAUAUUUGUAUAUUGCUCCCAAGUGUAGAGAGAGAGAGAGAGAGAGAGAGAGAGGGAUGGAGAGAGAGAAGGAAAUAAAGGAGUCAAAAUUCAAGAGAGUAUGUGUGUUCUGUGGGAGUAGCCCAGGAAAGAAGAGCAGCUAUAAGGACGCUGCUAUUGAGCUUGGUACGGAAUUGGUUUCAAGAAACAUAGAUCUUGUUUAUGGUGGAGGAAGUAUUGGUCUAAUGGGCUUAGUUUCCCAAGCUGUCUACAAUGGUGGUCGCCAUGUACUUGGAGUAAUUCCCAAGACACUCAUGCCUAGAGAGAUAACUGGUGAAACAGUAGGGGAAGUGAAGGCAGUAGCAGACAUGCACCAAAGGAAGGCAGAGAUGUCUAGAAAUUCAGAUGCCUUUAUUGCAUUGCCUGGUGGUUAUGGGACUCUUGAAGAGCUUCUUGAAGUCAUAGCCUGGGCCCAACUUGGCAUCCACGAUAAACCGGUUGGACUGUUGAAUGUAGACGGGUACUACAACUCUCUGUUGUCUUUCAUUGACAAAGCAGUCGAGGAAGGCUUCAUUAGUCCAAGUGCACGCCAUAUCAUUGUAUCAGCUCCUACUGCAAGAGAGUUAGUGCAGAAAUUGGAGGAGUAAAUUACGCGGCAUGAAAGAGUUAAUUCGAAGUUGUACUGGGAGACAGAACAGCUAAGCUUUGGUCCCAGAAAUCUGAAUCGUGACUGAUUAGUUAUGUGAUGAAGAUGUAUAGAAAUAUAGAGGAAGUUGGUGGCAAUUACUGUCGUGGAGAGUCUAAUUUUUAGGAGACUUGGAAUUUUCCCAAGUAGGGAUUUUCUGUUCCUUUUUUUCUCUCUGGCUGUAAACUGCAAAACUUUAUCCUCAAUAUAUGUAGCUUCAAUAUUUCUUUUUCCCACUAGGAAA